CUCGGUAUAAAGGGUUCAGGACCCUGUAUUUGCUAAUCAGUUGUCCCAAUACGUUGAUUGACAAUGUCUUCCAGUGACGAGUUUAGUUUAGCCGAGUUUGGUCUGGCCGGUGCCGGUGAAACCUGGGCUGACGAUGGAAACGUUCCUGAUAAUUUGUUUCCAGAGUCAUUGCCACAGACUAAUGAGGUACAAUGGCCACAGUACGAGCAACAAACGUGUAUGUGGUACGAACAGACGUCGCCCGUGUACCAACCGACGUUCAACCAAGCGCCGAAUGCGGUCCCCCUCCCGGUGUUGCACGCCGUGCAAUCCGUCCACACGACCCCUCACAAUUUACAGUUUAUUCAAAAUUGCCAAUAUAUAGCAAUGAAUACUUCUGCCCAGUACCAGCAAAUUCCAGUUAAUAACCUAAUAUCCAAGAUAAAUCAACCAAUGUUCAGCAAUGUACCAUCAAAACACCACCGAGCACAAAUUACGCUGGUUCACAACACUAACGGACCUUCCAAAGCAAUCAUCAAGCGCAAGCGUAAAAGAACAGCUUUCACCACCGAGCAGAUCUUAGCCCUAGAAAAGGUCUUUCGGAAAAAACCUUACGUGAAUCGCGACGAGCGUCAGGCUCUCGUGGAGCAACUGCAAGUCACCGACAGAGCCGUCAAAGUGUGGUUCCAGAACCGGAGGAUUAAGAGCAAGAGAGAAGAGCUUGAAGCCCUGGAGGCUUCUUAUGACUAUUCGCCGAUGAGUGCAACAGACUCGUCGGACUCCUUUGGACUGGCUUACGUAGAAGCUCAGAUAUCGCAAAAAGCUGAUGAAUUCGGUUACGUAACGCUCGACGAUCGCGCCAUAGGAGAACUGGUCAGCGUCAUCGAUGGACUGGUCGGUGAAAAAGUUGACUGCGACGUAUUGAGCGAGGAAGACGUAGUAGAAAAUGUGUUGAAAAUGGAAUAUGAGCCUGUGUCCCCUGCUGCCAACUCGGAUUGUUCUGAUGAAGAUGCCGCCAAGUGGAGACGACCGGAUCCCGAACAAUCCCUUAGGCAACUUUUAGAUAUUCAACACUUUUGUUAAUUACCUCAAUGGUUUCAAAGGUUCUUUGUAAUUCUCCUAUCUCGAUAAGUUAUAUAAAUAUAAAUAUAUUAUAUUUUAUUCCAGUGUUGACAUAA